ACACCCACUUUGAACUGAGCAAGGUGGUAUAGUCCCAACAUGGAGGCGCAGCGCAGGUAGAGCAAAAAUCAUUCGGGUUUGGUGUUGAAGCGGCUUCAUGAAAUGCAUUUCAGUCAUUGACCGAGGGCUGCGCUUAGCUCUUGGCCUGAAAUAGAAACAUUUGGCUGCUGCUCCUGAGGAGUAACACUUUCAUGCAACGACGGUGCCAUUAUCAGGCUUGUUAGCUGAGCCUGGUGGUUCAUAGCGAGCCGUGUGUGUCGCCGCAGACGCGGAUGGACUCCGACCAAAUCACCGGGCUGUACGGAAAGGUCAGCGGCCUGGCUGUUCCGGUUUCAGCUCGCGUGAGCGAGGAGCAGCUGCCGGAAGUCCGGAUCUACACCGUGACAGCGGAGUGGAUCCAGACUGACCUGGUCCGAAACUCCAGACUUCACUACUCACAGCAGUGGACUCUGAUCGCUGACAGCAACAACCACAAAAGCAUCAGGACCGUCCUCCCACCUGGACCAUGUUCACCACUGUCUGGAGAGUUAUUGAGUGAACUGUCGCCAACUCGUGGCCUGAGGGCUGUUGUCAGGGAGACGGGCAGCCAGCAGCUCCUAGAGAUCUGGGACCGUCACGGCCUCAGGAAAAGCCUGAACCUGUCUGCCCUCAACAUCCACGGCAGAGUAUACGACGACACUCAGUUCGGCUGCCUGUCCUGGUCAGAGUGUGAGAGCAAGCUGCUGUUCGUAGCUGAGCGUGGCCGCAGCUCGUCGGCAGAAACGCGUUCUGGAGAAUCCGCGAGCAGAAAGGACAGGAGUGUGUACUGUGAGGACUGGGGCGAGGCUCUGACCAGUAAGAGUGUCCCAGUGCUCUGUGUGGUGGAUUUGCAUCAUGGUGAGAUCGAUGUACUGCAGAGCGUCCCGCAGGACGUCUCACCUGGACAGGCUCUGUGGGCUCCCGGCAGCCAGGCUGUGUUUUUUGUCGGUUGGUACCAUGAACCUUUCAGACUUGGACUGAAGUUCUGCUCCAACCGCAGGUCGGCUUUAUUCAAACUCAGCCUGGAAGGACACUGUGAGUGUAUAUCAGGGGACAACCUCUCCGUGUCCUGUCCCAGGCUGAGUCCAGAUGGAUCCACGUUGAUCUACCUGCAGGGUAGUGUGUUUGGGCCCCACAACCAGUGCCUCAGUGUACAGCAGUUGGACCUGAAGAGUGGGAAGACCUCGACCAUGCUGGAUGUGGUCAGCAGACCUCAGACAGGUGACUUUGCGGGUGUGUAUGAAGCGCUGCCGUCCCACUGCUGGUCUGCGGACGGUGAGAAAGUCGUGUUCAGCAGCGCCGUUAGAAACUGGAAGGAUGUCUUCAUGGUGGACAGAGGAACAAAGAAAGUCUCUUCCCUCUCUGAUAAACACCAGAGACAGAUCCUCUCUGAUCUUUCUAAGGUUUAUGGAAGCUGGAAGCUACUGACAGUCCAAAGAGACCUGAUGGUUGUCUGCUGCUCCAGCCCCAACUCGCCUCCCACCCUGAGGGUGGGAUUCCUCCCAUCAGCAGACGAAACUGUAACCUGGAGAACUCUGCAGCAGCCUGUCACGACGUUUGAUUACCUCUGGACGGUCCUAGAUGUCACACCUACAUCAGACGAGGACAACCUACGUUACCCUGGUUUAGAUUUCGGGGCCAUCUUGGUCAAACCAUCCCAUCUCCUCUGUGAAACCGGAACACCUGUGGUUGUCUUCAUCCAUGGUGGCCCUCACUCCCAGUUCCCUGCAGAGUGGAACAGCACCACCGCUGGACUGGUUGAACUGGGCUUUGCCGUGCUUAUGGUGAACUAUCGGGGAUCCACAGGGUUCGGACAAGACAGCAUUUUAUCCCUGAUUGGUCAGGUCGGGAGUCAGGAUGUAAAAGAUGUUCAGCGGGCUGUUAUGGCUGCGCUCCAGAAUGACAAAACCCUCGAUCCCAAACGCUUGGCUGUGAUUGGUGGUUCCCAUGGUGGUUUCCUGUCCUGUCAUCUGAUUGGUCAGUACCCAGACUCCUACAGAGCGUGUGCAGCCAGGAAUCCGGUCAUUAACGCCGCUACGCUGCUGGGAACCAGUGACAUAGUGGACUGGAGAUACACAAGCGCAGGCUUUCAGUUCUCAUAUGACAACAUCCCUACUGCUGAAACUUUGGCUGCAAUGUUACUGAAGUCUCCAAUCACACAUGCAGCACAGAUCAAAGCACCAGUGCUACUGAUGUUGGGUGGGAAGGACAGACGAGUUUCUCCUCAUCAGGGUCUAGAGCUCUACAAAGUACUGAAGAGCAGAGGUUCACCUGUCAGGUUGCUGUGGUUUCCAGAGGACGGACACUCUCUGUCCAGGGUGGACACUCAGGUCGACUGUUUCCUCAACACCGUGCUGUGGCUGACCCAACACCUCUGAGCAAAUCCCUCCAAACAAACCCCUGUGACAAGGCUGCUGUGAUUCUGCUGACUGCUGCUGAAUUUUUGACACCCCUCAUUUGUAAUAAAACAGAAAUCCUUCUUUAUACUAAAAUUAAUCCUAAUUUUAUAAAAGUGUCUUUGAAACAAAAUCAUGCAAUAAACACUGGUCAUGAUCUGCA